UAUUGCGCAUAUUUUUCUGACAGUUGUUCGGAAUUUUUCGGUAAGGACUUUUCACAUUUCGAUUUCAAAAAUCACCAAAAAAUAUCAUAAUCAUCGAAUCAUUUCAUUAAAAUUAAUUACAUAAAAUACAACUCCAUCUGUGAUUCAAAAAUGAUUACGCGUGUGCUGCAGCACGUCCACAAGCUGCGUUAUGCAAAAACGCGAAUAUCAAGCAAUUUAAGGCUCUCUUCGACCAAUGUAGCCCAAGAUGGCCAACCACGGGUCAAGAGUACGACAACAAAUUCCGGACCCGAAAUUAUCAAUUUGGUCGACCGGCAAUACUCACCGGGAAAGGAAUAUGAGGAUUUCAAAUGUAUUCGCGCCGAAAGCAUACCAGAGUUUGGUAUUCAGAGUUAUACAUUCAAGCACAACAAAUCCGGAACGGAGUUGUGGUAUUUGAAUCGCAACGAUUCGAAUAAUGUGUUUUCGGUGAACUUUAGGACAACUCCUUUUGACUCGACUGGUCUGCCACAUAUUCUGGAACACAGUGUUUUGUGUGGUUCACAAAAGUAUCCAGUUCGUGAUCCGUUCUUUAAGAUGCUCAAUCGAUCGGUGGCUACUUUUAUGAAUGCAAUGACCGGACCCGACUACACAAUGUACCCCUUUUCAUCAAUGAACGAAAUCGAUUUUAGGAAUUUGCAACGAAUCUAUUUGGAUGCGGUUUUCAGGCCAAACCUGGAAUAUUUAGAUUUCCUCCAAGAAGGAUGGCGCCUCGAACAUGCAAAUCUUAAGGAUAGAAAUUCAGACUUAGUCAUCAAGGGAGUUGUUUACAAUGAAAUGAAAGGUGCAUUCUCCGAGAACUCUUCUAUUUUUGGCCAAAAUUUACUUAACAAUCUUCUCCCGGACCACACUUACGGCUAUGUGUCUGGCGGUAAUCCCUUGGAAAUACCAAAACUCACCCACGAAGAUUUAGUAGCUUUCCAUAAAAAAUACUACCAUCCAAGUAAUUCGCGAAUCUAUUGUUAUGGAAACUUUAAUAUAGAUAAAACACUCAACUACAUAAAUAAUGAAUAUCUAUCAAAAUACGAAGCGAUUGAUAAUUCCUAUAGUCGAAUACCGAAUCAACGACGAUGGCAUAAACCAAGAAAUGUGCACAUUUCUAGUCGACUCGAUAAUAUGGGUGCAUCGUUUGAGAAACAAAACCAAAUUUCUAUAGCUCUGCUUAUGUCGGACGUUACGGACAUCAAUGAGACCUUUGUUUUGUACGUUUUGUCAGAACUGAUGGUCAGAGGACCCAAUUCUCCAUUCUAUAAGAGCCUAAUUGAACCUAACUUCUCAGGUGGUUACAAUCAGACGACAGGUUAUGAUCCACAAAUCAAAGACACCUUCUUUUGUGUGGGGCUGCAAGAUUUGAAAGUUGAGGACUUUUGCCGUGUGCAGGAAAUAUUUGAUGAUACAAUCAGAAAUAUUGUUCAAAAUGGCUUCGAAAGCGAUCACAUAGAGAGUAUUUUGCACAACAUUGAACUUUCAUUGAGACACCAAAGCCCACAAUUCGGUCUGGGACUUCUUUUCAAUUCUACACCCCUGUGGAAUCAUGAAGGUGACAUUGUGGAAACCUUAAGAGUUAGUAAGAUGAUGCAAACAUUCCGCGAAAACCUACGACAAGAUCCUCAGUACUUACAGAAAAAAGUAGAACAUUACUUCAUCAACAAUACUCACAGGCUCACUCUUACUAUGUCACCAGAUGACCUCUACGAAACCAAUUUCCGACAAGCAGAGUUGGCUAUGCUCAAAUACAAACAAAUAAAUCUGACUGCUGAAGACCGGAAUACAAUCUUUCAAAAUGGACUACGCCUGGAGGAAUCACAAAAAGCUCCCCCUAAUGUCGAUGUUUUACCUUGCUUGGACCUGACCGAUGUUAAAACUCCACCCAAACUCUAUCCGAUGAACGUUAUUAAAGUCCAAGACGUGCCAACACAAAUUUGCACUCUCCACACCAACGAAAUUUCAUACUUUAAAUGCUUUUUUGAUUCUGCAAACCUUACUCGCGAAGAAAUUACGCUUAUUCCAUUUUUCUGCAAUGUAAUUGAUGACAUGGGCACAAAAAAAUACGAUUUCAGAGUUUUUGAUAAGAUUGUGACAUCGAAGACAUCCGGAAUUAAUUUUAAACUUCAUUUUGCUGAGAACAUCUAUGACAGCAAAUCGUACGACCUUGGAGUUUUGAUGACUACUCACGCUCUCGACUACAAUUCCCAAGGUAUGUUUGAUCUCGUACACGAGUUGUUGUGCAACUUCAAAAUGGACGACGUCGAUCGCCUGAAUAUGCUCAUCGAGAAUUAUAUGUCUAGUAUAUCGGUUGGUAUUGCAAGCUCUGGCCAUCUUUAUGCUAUGCAAAGCUGUAGCGGUUUGGUUACUGACUCGGCAAAAUUAAAGUCAGAACUUGCUGGUUUGGAGCAUAUCGAGUUGAUGAAGAAGCUGCUCAAGGACUACACACCCGAAGAGAUUCAAGUUAAAUUAGUUACGUUAGGACAUAAACUUUUUAAUGCACAAACAAUGCGCGUUGCCAUAAACACGUCCGAUGAGAAUUUGCCAAAACUACUCACGAAUUAUGAAGAAUUCUUGAAAAAACUACCCAAAAAUCCGAGCUCAAAGACAGAAAACAAAGUCAAUCUUCUGUCGCCCUCCUGUCAGCACUUUGUUAUGAAUAUUCCCGUCAAUUAUUGUGCUAAGUCCAUGUUUACGGUUCCGUACAUUCAUCGGGAUCAUCCUGCUUUGAGAAUACUCGCGAAAUUGAUUUCUGCCAAGUAUUUGCUGCCAGUAGUAAGAGAACAGAAUGGAGCUUAUGGUGCCGGCGCCAAGCUUGGCUCGGAUGGUAUAUUCAGUUUCUACAGUUAUCGGGAUCCAAAUUCAACAAAAACUUUCGAAGCUUUCGAUAAUACCUAUAAAUGGCUUAAGGAAAGCCAAAAGGAAAUCACAGAGCAGACGCUCUUCGAAGCUAAAUUGGGUGUUCUUCAGCAACUGGAUUCACCAACAGCACCUGGCAAUGUGGGAGUUGAUUUCUUCCUGUACGGUGUUUCACAGGAGCUAUUCCAAAAAUAUAGACAGCGUAUGUUGAACGUGACGUUGGCCGAAUUAAAUGGUGUUGUCGAAAAGUAUUUCAAGGACAAACCACAGCACUAUGGAAAGUGCAUUCUAGGCCCCGAAAACAAAGAUCUAGUGGAUAAGGACUGUGACCAGUGGAAGACUAUUUUGUAGAUUAUGUAUGUGUCCGAUAAAAUAAUAAUAAAUGUAUUACUGUGAACGAAUGCCUAAAAUAAUUUUAGAGUUUUAAUUAUAGAUUGCAUCAAUUUAAUUUACAUGUUGACGUUGAAAUAUCUAAAAAAUAUAAUAAAAAAAAAAAACAAAUACAAA